UGGUGCUUAGAGAGAAAAUUGUCAGUCAAGGUCUAGUCCUUUACCCCCGCCGGACAUCAAGAAGCUUCUAGAAGAAGAAGAGUUCUUUUGUCAUCACAAAAAAGUUGUCCAAUCUUCUCCUUCGCCGAUGUUUUGUCGUCUGGCACCAUGGGUCGUCCUUUGCAUGUGUGUCGCCACAGUGCAGGGACAAAAAUCUCGCAUGUUGCCAGAUUACUCCGACCAUGAGUGUGUUCGAACCUGCGUGAAGGACGCCAAGCCGAAGGAAUGUCAGUACAAGUUCGUUGUGGAGAGUUACUCCACCUUGUCCCGCGCAUGCUACAACUGCGCUUCCGGUAACAUCACGGACUGUCGUCGGGGACACUGUAUCACCGCUAACGGCGUGGUCAGGAACGUCCUGACAGUCAACCGCAUCCUGCCAGGGCCCUCCGUACAGGUAUGCAAGGGUGACACUGUCGUCGUGAAUGUCACAUCAUAUGUCGCCUUGUCGGAGGGGGUCACCAUCCACUGGCACGGAAUCCUCCAGCACGAGUCUCCUUACAUGGACGGGGUCCCCAUGCUGACACAGUGCCCGAUACCAACCGGAAGCUCUUUUCAGUACAGAUUUCGCGUGGAUGACGAGGGCACUCACCUGUGGCACGCUCACACCGGGAUCCAGCGAGGUGAGGGACUCUUCGGCAGCUUCGUCGUCCGUGUCCCGCAGGAGGAGGACCCCCAGGGCCCGUUGUACGACUAUGACCUGCCUGAGCAUGUCAUUGUGGUCAACGAGUGGACCAGCCAGUCACUGAACGAAAAGUUCACCCAGCUAGCCUUCCUCUUCAUGCCUCCAGAUGCAGACACCAUUUUGAUCAACGGUCGUGCCAUGGAUCCCACAAAGCACCUGAACCUACCCAGACCUGUCUUCAGGGUGAAGAGUGGCAAAAGGUACAGAUUCAGGGUCAUCAAUGCUGGCAGCUUAUUCUGCCCGAUCCGGAUUUCCAUUGACAGACAUUCAAUGCUGCUAAUUGCAUCGGACGGCAAAUCCUUCAGGAGAUUCGAGGUCGGUUCCUUAGACCUUCUGAGCGCUGAGAGAUACGACUUCGUGCUCACCGCCAUCGAAGACAAAGGGUCCUUCUGGAUCCGUGCACGAGGGCUGGGAGACUGUGCGAAGAAGAAUUUGGAGACGCGGGCCAUCCUCGCCUACGUCACCGACGACCAACAGCACCUGCAGGACGAUGCCCUGACGGUUCCCGCAGAGCGACCGGCGCCGGAAAAUAACGGAAAUAUGUUCAACUACUGGCAGAUGGAGGCCAGGCCAGUACCAGAACGAGGCCGACCUGAGACACUUGGCGACUCCCGCUCGCAGCUGCUGGCUAUGGACGCUCUGGCUGCGGACGAUGACAGCCUCUUGCAGAAACCGGACCAUCAGUUCUUCGUGCAGUUUGACAUCAAUAAUGUCAACAACCUCCACUUCUACGACCCUGACCUGUACCCCGCUUCCAGUGGCCCAUACCCCAAGACUUUCUCUCCACAGAUCAACGGAAUCACCAACAAGUUAGGACCAGUGCCGUUUCUUUAUCAACGAGACGAAAUGCCGGAGGGACAGCUGUGCAACAGCUCAAAUCUAGGAGACAACUGUAUUGGCGACUGGUGUGAAUGCACCCACAUACUCCAAGUCCAGUGGGGUGACGUAGUUGAGAUGGUCAUCAUCAACAACAGCACCCAAUUAGGGUACACCCACCCCAUUCACCUGCACGGCUUCAGCUACAGGGUUGUCGCAAUGGAAAAUGUACCUGCAGCAAGUAAUGUCCCAGAGUUAUUCCGUCAGCUGGAUGAAGAAGGACUUAUACAACGCAAGCUCCACCUGGCGCCAUUCAAAGACACAGUGGCGCUACCUAACGGUGGCUUUGUUAUUAUCCGAUUCAUUGCCGACAAUCCUGGUGUGUGGUUCAUGCACUGUCACCUGCUGUUCCACUCAGAAACUGGAAUGUCUCUUGCUCUGGAAGUCCUUAACAACGGCACGCUACCGCCGGUCCCUCCAGAAUUCCCUCGCUGCAGGCCUUUUGAGCUGUCGAAGGGUGACUUCCGGCAGGGGAAAUCACUCUCGUCUCAGAGAAAUCCUGAAGACCAAAGUAUGGAUGGUCAUUCCGUUGUCCAGAACCCUCAAGUCCGUGCGUAUGAAGUGCCAGCGCCUGUACUUUGGGCUUUUAUGCUUACGGUUGGGUUUGGUCUGGCAGUUGUGGGUCUUGCUAUCGUUGUGUCCGUACUGAGGACGAAGAAUGUCCGACAUGGCUCUUACAAGCAGUUAAAACUUCCAAACGAUGGUUCUGCCAGCAGAGUAAGACUGGUCAUCGAUGAGCAAGACGAUUACAACGCCGAUGAGCGCCAGCAUCUGUGUUCCAGCAAAUAAUGGACGACGACCAGCGAAAGCAGGCGACUGUCAUUGUCAUUGCAUCACCUUGUAAUAAUUUCGUCCUCAUAACCUCAGGAAUUCCCACUCCUCCUAUCUACUUAUCCUUCUCCCUCACUCUUUUCUGACCGAGUAGAAACCUCACAACUCAAAAUGUCACGUCACCUCACGUCUCAAACACGUGAUUUGUGAGGGUGGGUAACAUUAUGUCAUUAUGUAACGGAGAUAAUGAAGAUAUAGAGAAGUGUCUUUAGUUGCUUAUCUGCUAUAUUCUCUUAAUUAUAAACAUGUUUUAUUCCAAAAGGCACAGUGUUUGUGUUAGAUUCUACCUCUAACUGGUGUAUAAUUAAAUUUCAAAUUAUCAUGUUAAUUGAUCAAUUUCGAAUUUCGUCAGCUUCGUUUGCAUAUUUUCUAAACUUGCUAGAGUCAGCUUCACAAGUACCCAGUGUUUGAUGUGUAGAUAUUUUGUGAGCACAUUAGACAAGGAGGAGGCGGGGAUGGCCAUGUUAAUGUACACGGGAUAUUUGUAGAACACGAGAUAUUUUGUGAAGAAAAGAGUUUACAUGAUUGUCUGACAGAAAGCAGGCUCUACAUGUGCACCAGCUUAGAAAUAGAAAUGCCAAAGCACGCAAAGGAAAUAUUUAGACAGACCUGAGAUGGGCUCGUCCUUCGGUUUUCACCCUGGGCCAGUGAGCCACUUACUUUCUAGCAGCAAUGUACAGCACUACAACAUGCCAUGAUGUUAGGGCUAGGUUGUUGUUGUUGUUGUUGUUGUUGUUGUUGUUGUUGACUGAUGCUAAAGUACUGAUGCUAACUCCCUCCUCCACCCAUCGUCUCGCUGAUAUAUUGUACACAGACAAAAAUUGUUAAUGUCUUAUCCGUUGGUACCUUAGCCGCCAUGCUAGAAACUUUAAGACUAUGUUUUCUUCUGUAGAUCGAGUAAACCUUUCUGAAAUAUUUGUGGUCUCCUUUGUUGUCUGCCUGUCCACUGAAACGUAAAGAUAUAUAUAUAUGAAAAAAAGAACAGCUAUGCUGAAAUUCUGAA